AUGUCCGCGGAACACGAGAAGGAGCCCCCCCCCGCCGCCGCCGCCGCCGCCCCCCCCAAGCGAGCCCCCCGAGGUGGCGACGGUGGACCGGACGGGCUAGGAGGCCCCGGAGCGCAGCUCGGAAGCCCCGAUAAGAAGAAGCAGCGCAAGUCCGCCGCUCAGGGCUCCUGCUUUCCUCCGCCGUCUGAAUAUGCUCCGCCACUAAACCCCAGCUCGGAUCACCUGGUAGCGGCCAAUCCGUUUGACGAUAACUACAACGCUGUUUGCUACAAACCGCUGCCGGCAGGAAACCCUUACUUCGCCAAUCCCAAUUACCCCGGCUUUGGCGGCUACAACACCUUCAGGAUGCCGCCUCACCUGCUUCCCAGGAUGCCCUCGCAGUACGGUGCUUCUUACCCGCUCCGAAACCAGCCCCACCCUUUCCCGCACAAUCCGGCAGGGAUGGUCUUCGGCCGGCCUCAGGCAAUGAACUUUGGGCCCCACGAAAGUGCGGCCUUCGGAAACCAGCCACCCUACAACGCUCAUGUCGGCCAAAACAUCGCCAUGCCUGGUCAGCACUUCAGAGCCAACCCCGGGGAAAACUUUGGCCACAUGCCUUCCCAGAACAUGACUCAGAUGCCCCAUCACGAAAUGCCCCUGCAUUUUGCACCUGGGAAUAAUCCCAGUUUUAACAGCUCCCCGGUGGAGCCCAACCCUGCAUACGGCCCGCUGCAGAAUGACUACGGCCAGAACAAGCCUUCGCAGAGGCCCGGCCCCAAUAAGCACAGCCCUGCUCCCGCCCAGCACCAGCAGCAUGGCUCAGACGAGGCAGGGGGCUCAGGGAACGCGGACCCGAAGCCCCCCGUCCGGCACGUGCCAGCAGGCCCAGAGAGCCACCCUCCCAAGCCCGCUGACCCCUUGAACAGCAGCCGUUCCAAUGGGGCUCCGAACAAGCCCCGCCUGCCCCGCGGUGCUGCCGAAGGGGGUGGGCCGGAGAAGGGCGGCCCGCUCCCUCUGCACUCGGGCCAGCACGGCCACCUGUCCUCCGAACCGGUCUAUCCCUGCGGGAUUUGCACGCACGAGGUGAACGACGACCAGGACGCCAUCUUGUGCGAAGCUUCGUGUCAGAAAUGGUUCCACCGGAUCUGCACGGGCAUGACGGAGUCGGCGUACGGCUUGCUCACGGCGGAAGCGUCCGCAGUCUGGGGCUGUGACACAUGUAUGGCUGACAAGGAUGUGCAGCUGAUGCGCACCAGGGAGACCGGAGGGCCGCCCGUCCCGAGCUCCGACGCGUGA